AUACCAAAUAGAAACUCUACAGUAUACAUAUACUACACAAACUUUGCAAUCUUGAAAUUUCAUUUCUUCAAAAAGAAAGAGAAAAUGUCAUCAAGUAGUAGUGUUAAAGAAGGAAAAGCAAUAGGAAUAGAUUUAGGAACAACAUAUAGUUGUGUUGGUGUGUGGAUAAAUGAUAGAGUUGAAAUAAUACCAAAUGAUCAAGGUAAUAGAACAACACCAUCUUAUGUUGCAUUUACAGAUACUGAACGUUUGAUUGGUGAUGCUGCUAAGAAUCAAGUUGCUAUGAAUCCACACAACACUGUUUUUGAUGCUAAAAGAUUGAUUGGUCGUAGGUUUACUGAUCCAUCUGUUCAAAGUGACAUCAAGUUGUGGCCUUUUAAGGUAUAUUCAGGUCCAGGUGACAAACCAAUGAUUGAGGUAAGUUACAAAGGUGAAAAGAAGCAAUUCUCAGCUGAGGAGAUUUCAUCUAUGGUGUUAGUGAAAAUGAAGGAAACAGCUGAAUCUUUCUUAGGAUUCAAAGUGAAAAACUCCGUCGUAACGGUUCCUGCUUACUUCAAUGAUUCACAAAGACAAGCAACUAAAGAUGCUGGUGCGAUUUCGGGUAUGAAUGUGUUGAGGAUCAUAAAUGAGCCUACUGCUGCUGCUAUCGCGUAUGGUUUGGAUAAGAAAGCAUCGAGAAGAGGUGAACAGAAUGUACUUGUUUUCGACUUAGGUGGUGGUACGUUUGAUGUGUCGAUAUUGACUAUUGAGGAAGGUAUAUUUGAAGUGAAAGCUACAGCUGGUGAUACACAUUUAGGUGGUGAGGAUUUUGAUAAUAGGUUAGUGAAUCAUUUCGUGACGGAGUUUAGGAGGAAGAAUAAGAAGGAUUUGAGUGGUAAUGCACGAGCGUUGAGGAGAUUGAGGACCGCGUGUGAGAGGGCGAAGAGGACUUUGUCAUCGACUACUCAGACUACGUUAGAAGUGGAUUCAUUGUUCGAAGGGAUUGAUUUUUAUGCUACGAUUACUCGUGCUAGGUUCGAGGAAUUGUGUAUGGAUUUGUUUAUCAAGUGUAUGGACCCUGUUGAGAAGUGUUUAAGGGAUGCAAAGAUCGAUAAAUCGCAGAUUCAUGAGGUGGUUCUUGUUGGUGGAUCGACUCGUAUACCUAAAGUGCAGCAACUGUUGCAGGAUUUUUUCAAUGGGAAGGAGUUAUGCAAGAGUAUAAACCCCGAUGAGGCCGUGGCAUACGGUGCAGCGGUUCAAGCAGCCAUCUUGACAGGGGAAGGCGACGAGAAAGUUCAAGAUUUGCUUCUGCUCGAUGUCACACCGCUGUCGCUUGGCCUCGAAACAGCUGGUGGUGUUAUGACAACGUUGAUACCAAGAAACACAACGAUCCCAACGAAGAAAGAACAGAUUUUUUCGACGUAUUCUGAUAGUCAACCAGGUGUACUAAUCCAAGUCUAUGAAGGGGAAAGAGCAAGAACAAGAGACAACAAUCUUCUUGGAAAAUUCGAACUCUCCGGUAUCCCUCCAGCACCAAGAGGGGUACCACAAAUCAAUGUGACCUUCGAUAUAGACGCGAAUGGGAUCCUUAACGUGACCGCGGAGGACAAGACCGCUGGUGUUAAGAACAAGAUAACAAUCACAAAUGACAAAGGAAGAUUGAGUAAAGACGAUAUCGAGAGAAUGGUGAGUGAUGCUGAGAGAUACAAAGCUGAAGAUGAAGAAGUGAAAAGGAAAGUUGAAGCCAAAAAUGGACUUGAAAACUAUGCAUACAACAUGAGGAACACAAUAAAAGAUGAGAAGAUUGCUAGCAAGUUGAGUACUGAGGACAAAGAAAAGAUUGAACGUGGUGUGCAAGAGACAAUAGAGUGGCUUGACAAGAAUCAAUUGGCUGAAGUUGAUGAACUUGAAGAUAAGUUGAAAGAACUUGAAGGUAUAUGUAAUCCUAUAAUAGCAAGAAUGUAUCAAGGUGGUGAAGCUGAUGGUGGUGCUAUGGACGACGAUCAAAUGCAUGGUGGUGGUGGUGGUGGUGGUACUACUGGCAGCUCGGGUGGUACCGGCCCGGGCGCCGGACCGAAGAUUGAAGAAGUUGAUUAGAUAUUGAAGAAUGAAACAAAUGAAAACUUCAACUCUAGUUUGUAGUUUGUUGUUACAAUGUUUGAUGUUGUUUUUGGUUGUGUAGAAAGAUGUUUGUUGUUUGUUUUGUGUUUGGAAAUUAGUUGCUAGUUUGUGAGUAGUAAUAGUAUGUAGUUUCUAGUUUAUUGUAGUGAAUAAUAUGCUUA